AUGGAGGGGGCAGAGGUGGGCGGGUGCAGUGGAGCUGAAGCAGUGUUAAAUCUUGAGCCAAACUCUUCCAUUGAUAUUACUUACCAUCCUCUCUUUGGUUCCCAUGAUGACCUCUUACUUCUUGAGCUGGAUGACAAACUCCUCACAGACGUACUUCACCAGAGGGUAACCUUAAGGGGUCAGCCAGAUGAAGAUGCUGUUCUUUGCACUCAGUCUAAAACUUAUGCCAUUAAGUUUGUUGCAACUUCUAAUUCUUUAUUUCUCAUACCUCAAUCAGCUCAGUCCUCUCUGCGUGAAAACCCAUUCGAUUGUGAUGGCAAUGUUCAUCACCACCAAAUUAUUGCACCCACCAUUAUGCUUGCACCUGGUAACUUGGAGUUAGUUGAAGUUUCUCCCAGGCUGGAUGGGCUUAGAUUCCUUCUCUCACAGAAUCCUUACAAGUCUGAUGAGGUCCUAGAAAUGGAGGAUUUGAACAUGGGAAUCAAUAAAACAGGACUGUAUGCAUGGGAUGAUCUGGUUGACAUGGUUCAGGCUAGUAAUGAGGAAUUGAGAUAUGGAUUACAGGCUCUGUCAGCUGUUGAGAUUGAUGGGUACUGGAGAAUUGUGGAUGAUGCAUACAUGGACACGAUUCUAGGGAUGCUUUUGCACAAUUCGAUAUUGAAUGACUGGUCAUUGCAUUCACUAAAUGAAGAUGAAGUUGUAACUGUGCUAGCAUCAGAUGGAUUUCUGCGCAAGCUCGCCAUCCAUUGUUUGAACGUCUAUGGCGAUAAGGUCAGUACUGGUCUUACAAACACAUGGAAGUUGGAUGAGAAGCGUGUAUGCGUGCAUUUUGCAAGACAGAUCUUGAAAACAGGGAAAUUAAAGAUGGAAGUUUUCAUGGGAGAAUGGUUGAAAAAGAUUCCAGAUUGUAUGCAGGCUAGUUUUGACUUGUUGGAAGGUGAAGUUUUGACGGAGAAGCUUGGGGUUGAGACAUGGGUCCGAGCCUUCAGUGUGUCCUCAUUGCCCUCAAAUCCUACUGAGCGUUUCUCUAUGCUGUUCAAGGAGCGGUCAAAAUGGGAGGGGAAGGAUUUACAUCCAUACAUCAGGGAUCUAAAUGUACCCGGUCUUUCUUCAGAAGCUUUGUUGCUCAAAUAUACUCGAAGAACACAACCCAGCGAAGAUGCAGAACCUGCUUUUAGUGCAAGAUGAUAACGCAAAAACCUGCUUUGUGGUGUUGCAAGGCAUUAUUUGUCACAUAUACGUAAAUUACAUAUUUUUUGCAGUUCAAGAUGCGCACGCUCUAAUUUUUCCGCCUUUAUUCAGUAUUACAAAACUUGUAUCAUGGUUUGUUGUAAAUAAAAAGUAUGUAAAUGUGUUAAUGGCAUGAAAAAAGUGGUUGAAGGGUGAGUAAUGGGUGUUAGGUGUUUGCUUGAGAAGUCCAUAUAUGAAAUUUUUUAUGUGACAUGUGAGUUGCUGUAAUACUAUAUGAAUAAUAAAUAGUACGUAUUAUUUUGUU